GAAAAAAAUCUGAAUCUAAACAAAGAAAAUUGUUUCAGGAAAAGGAUGAACAUUUGGAACUUAUGGAUGGUGUCCUGAUCGACCUUUUAAACGCAAAAUGGAAUGCCUUUGUAAAAUUUAGGUUUUAUAGACAGUUUUUCUUAUUUCUCUUUUACUUCUUGAUUUCGCUUAUUUGUUUCACUCUACGACCUGGACCUCCACCAGUUAAACCAAUAUCAAGUUUCAACAGUACCAAACCCAGCGGAAAUAACAUUACUGCUGAAUUGUCGCCAGAAAGCAAUGCAACUACUGUUCCAAAAUGGAUUUACAAAACAGAAAUUAAAAAGUAUGAUCCCGAAGACAACAGUAGUCAAAACAGCAGACUUAAUGUAAUAUUACGUGAAGUCAUUUUGACAUCUUUGAAAGUUGAAGAUAUUGAUAAAGUAGUUUCUUUUUCAAAUGCAGAGCCGCAAGACAAUUCCAGGGAAGAUGCAGAUGGAUUGGUUUGCAAUGGCGAUUCUGUUCAUUCCUGUUUAGGAAAUGGAUCUGAUGUUGUUGCUGUAUUUGGAAAAGGCAAGAGCCCAAAAGUACCAAAACCUGGAGCCUCCGCCGAUGAUUUUGAUUAUGACGACACUUGGUGGGAAGAAUUUGGACAAUGCAGAUUACUUCAGGUCACUUCCUACAUUGAAAUGACCCGCCUUAUAUCAGAAGUCUUGUUGGACAUCGGAGCUUUGCUAUACAUAUUAGCAGCAUUGAGAGAAGCGAGAUUUCUAGGAUGGAGCAUGUUUGUGGAGAAUUUGAUGACUGCUCCUUCAAGAGUUAUGUUUUUGUUUUCAUGCUGUUUGAUGCUAACGAUGCCAUUUUUAAGAUUUACCUGCAAUGAAGAAAUAGAAGACAUGAUGGCAGUUAUUAUAAUGCUCACCACUGCUCCUUAUUUUCUGUUUUUCUGCAGAGGUUUCAAGACCGUUGGUCCAUUUGUUGUGAUGAUAUAUAGGAUGAUAAUGGGAGACUUGUUGAGAUUUGCUACAAUAUAUCUUGUCUUUGUGAUGGGGUUUGCUCAAGCAUAUUAUAUCAUUUUCCUGUCAUUUGAUAACCCACUGACACCCGAAGGAGUGGAUGAUUCUGUAAGUAAUCCUAUUCCGAACCCAAUGGAAGCAGUCAUGGCAAUGUUUUUUAUGUCAAUGACAAGUUUUGGCGAUUACUAUCCAGCUUUAGAAAGGACAGCUCAUGAAUUCUGUGCUAAGCUUUGUUUUGUGAUAUACAUGGCAAUAGUAGCAAUUCUACUGGUUAAUAUGUUAAUUGCUAUGAUGGGAAAUACUUAUCAAAAAAUAGCUGAAACAAGAAAUGAAUGGCAGAGACAGUGGGCCAGAAUAGUAUUAGUGGUUGAAAGAGGAGUAAGUCCAUCAGAGAGGUUAACUAAACUAAUGUGGUACUCACAGCCUAUGUCAGAUGGAAGAAGAGCGCUGGUACUGAGGCUAAACCAAUCGGAGGAAGAUAAAGAGGAAAUGAAAGAAAUUCUAGAGAUGAAAAGAAUUCACAACAGAAUGGUACAAAAAAGGAAAGAAAGGGAAAAGUCGAUGAACAAAAGCCCAAAUUUGAUCAAUUUAAACAGUCCGGCUGAAAAUGUUAAAAAUACAAAUCCUUUCAGUUAAUUCAGUUAACAGAACAAAGUGAAUUAAACACAACAGAAUAAUCUUCUUAUGAAACUAUGCAAGUAAAAUUGAUAAUUAUACAAAUAUUUUAAAAGUAGAGUUUUAUAACUGUUUUCAUAAUUAAUUUUUGUUUAAUAUAAGUUUUUGUUUUUAUUUUAACUCUAAGCCAAUAGUACUAGACUAUUAUGCGAAAUAAAAUUAAUAAUAAAAUAUAUAUCUGCACCUUAGAACAAAAUGGGUGCAAGUCCAGGGCCCAGCUAGGCUCCAUUUAGGGUCCUUGGCUGGAGUAUGAAAUGGGGCCUCCUUAUCAGGACAAUAUAUAUAGUUCAAGGGAGUUAUUAUAAUCGGAUAAUAGGUUAAUAAACUACAAUAGGUUAUGUUUAUUAUUUUUAUUUAAAAUAUUUUAGUUCCUGUUAUCUUAAAUAAAUAAUGUAAUCCUCUUCAGUUUUAUUUUAAAUAAAGCAUUGGUACCUAAGUUGGUUAGCACACUGACAGCCAUAAUAGUACCACCUCCCAGCAAAGAUAUCAGGCAACUCAUAAGUCGAAAAAUGCAAAAUAAUUAUAUGCAGGGACCUCAGACGGAGCCCACCAGUCAUUCUACAACAAUAUAAAAUUACAAAACAUUUAUGUGGGGGGCCAUCGAAGGAAUCCCAGAAAAUUUCAAAAAUACAAAACUAUUAUUUUGGGAGCCAAACAUACCAGAGUACAAGGAAAAUGAAAAACAACGACAUUGAGGACUUUCAAAAGGGACCCUUAUCAUUCUAUACGAUAAGAAAAGUAUAAAACAUACAAAAUAAUUAUUUAUUUGAACAAAUAUACCAUUUUAGCUACAUUAUAUACCAUUAACUACAAAAAUACAAAAUAAUGACAUUCAGAACCCUCAGAAGGGGCAAACCCCGAAUCACUUUACUGUGAUAGAAAGUUAGAAAAAACAUAUAUAUUUGUGGUCCAUUAGAGGAACCCCAGAAAAUUUUAGAAAUACAAAACAAUUAUUUUUAGGCCAACCAUACCACGGUACUAGAAAAAUACAAAAUAACGAUAUUUAGGACUCUCAAAAGGGACCUUAAUCAUUUUUCGGCAAUAAAAAAGUACAAAACAUUGAUUUUGGGGUUCUAGAAAAAUAUAAAAUAAUGGUUUUAGGCCCCCUUCUGAAAGCUC